AUGGUCUUAAAAAUUGAGCCACUGGUAAAGGCAUUAGCAACUAUUCAAGAGGAUUAUCCUAAUAGUUAUUUGAUUUUGCUUUCUCCCCAGGGCAAAACUUUUACUCAAAAAGAUGUGCCGAGACUACUUAACCAGUCUGCUAAUUUAGUUUUUAUUUGCGGACAUUACGAAGGAUUUGACGAGCGAAUUUGGCAUUAUAUUGACGAGCAAAUUUCGAUUGGUGAUUUUAUUACUACGGGAGGGGAAAUUCCAGCCUUAGUUCUUACUGACUCUUUAAUUAGGGCCAUUCCUGGUGCUAUUCAUCCUGAAUCUUAUCAGCAGGAAACUACUGAUUCUUUAUUGGAUUUUGCUACUUAUACGCGUCCUGAAAUAUAUGAAGGAUUGGAAGUUCCAAAGAUUUUGCUCUCCGGUCACCAUCAAAAAAUUAGAGAAUGA